UGACCUGUUGGCGAGAAAGCUAGGUGCAAAUGUUAUUGUGCCGCUGGAUCCGCCACCCUGGUUCGAGGAUUGGUAGAGGAAGAGACGGAGAAGAAGAAGAAGAAAAGAAAAAAAAAAAUAGUUGUCUGCUGCAUAUUUCGUCAAUGUUCAAGUAUGCAACUGCAACAAACCAAAUAAAGCUGGGCCGUUGAAAAUAAAGACUUUGGAUGUCCUUGGGCCUCAGUGGGUUAACUGGAUCGCCAUUUGGGCCUGGUUAGCAAGUCUUCACACACUCGUAUAAAAAUUAAAAAUCCCCUCGCAGUCACGUACUGACGCACUGAACUGAAACAGCGACUGAGAAGAGGGGAAGGAGUCAGAGAGGGAAAGAGGGAAACCAUCAGAAAUGGAACAGAACGGCGCGGCGGAGGCAGCGGCGAAGACGAAUGGAGGAUCCCGCGGCGAAGCUCGCUCCGCCGCCGUGUUCCAAAUGGAUGGGCUGAGGAACUGCUUGAGCAGCUACCACGACGACGGCAGCGCCGAGACUCACAGGUACUUCCUUGCCCGCAGAACCGUCCUGGAGAUGCUGAAAGACAGAGGCUACUACGUCCCUGAAUCCGACCUCUCCGUCUCUUUGCAGGAGUUCCGCGCCAUUCACGCUCAGAACAUUGACAUCGACCGUCUCAAGUUCUCCGCCACUCACCUGACCGAUCCCUCCAAACGAACGAUGGUGAUUUUCGGUGGAACUGGGGUGAUCAAAGUGAAUACGGUCCGUCUGAUCUCUGCUCAGAUUGUUAAUAGAGACAGCUUAACUGGCCUGAUACUGAUUUUGCAAGGCCAAAUAACGAAACAAGCCGAGAAGGCACUGAGGCUGUUCAAAUUCAAUGUUGAGAUCUUUCAGAUUACUGACUUGCUCGUCAACAUCACCAAGCAUGUGUUGAAGCCAAGGCACCAGAUUCUAACGAGCCAGGAGAAAAAGAAGCUCUUAAAAGAGUACAAUAUAGAAGAUAAACAGCUCCCCCGGCUGUUGAGGUCGGAUGCAAUCGCUCGUUACUACGCCCUCGAGAAGGGACAGGUGGUCAAGGUGACAUACACCGGCGACAUCACCGAGUCUCAUGUCACGUACCGAUGCGUCUGGUGAACGCAUCCGUGUAAUGUAGCCUCUUGUAGAGUAUCUCAUUUCCUGCCAGAUGGGCGUGUUCCCUAGUUAGUCUUGCUGUUUACCAAGUCUCAUGAUCUGUGCCUUGCUAAAAAAAAGUCACAUGAGUCAUGAUCUGUUCUCCUGUGUUAACAUGUUUGCCCCGAGGAUACUUGUUAGGGGGAUAUGGAUGGUUGUAAAAUUGUGGUUCUUGGGCUCGAAAUUCAAAAUCCAUGGAUUGGGCCAAGUGCGAGGCCUCUCGAUUGGGCCUUCAUGGCUAACGCUACUGGGCCUGACGAACAUCCACUCUCU